AUGUUGUCCCAAAAAGAAUAUCAAGAAACACAUUUACAACUUCAACACAUUUCAACUCCAGUAACCAGUAAAUCUCAAAGGAAUCUUCGUAAACAUCUUCGUAACCGAAUCAAGGAACAUGACUUGGCAAUGCAAUUCCCUCCAUUUGAACCAUUACCACAUAUACCGUAUUUCAUUAAUCGAAUAACAACUGAAGCAUGCCUAUGUCAAGUUAUUCAAGCUGCAACAGCAUCAUUGGAAUUUACCAUUGAUACUGAAUCGAUUAACAUAUACAAGCAAACCAAUCAACCCGCCCUGAUGCAAUUGCAAAUUUUCUUACCACACAAUUCAUCAUUUGUUUUAUUAAUAGAAAUGUAUCAUUUACCAAACGAAAAUAAUAUUUGCUUUAAACUUAUUCACGAAUUAUUUAAAAUUGUUUUUUCUCAAAAUAAACAACUAUAUAUAUGGGGAUCAAAAAAUGAAUUAUAUCCUUUUGUUAUAUUUAAAUUAUUUUCACGUGAACACAUUGAUUUUUCCCACCCGAUUAAUUUACAAAACGAGUUUCACAUUUUUUGGAAACAACACCAUCCACAUCGCUCGUCUAAUUCACGUUCAUCAAAUACUUCAACAACUGAUUGCCAUUGUGAAACUUGUUUAGGUAUUGGAUUACCUUGGUCUUUACAAAAUUCCGUAAAAUUCGAAUUGAAAGAAUACUUAUCUAAACAAUUUACCAAUGAAGAUUUUCAUAUCGGUCUAGAUCCUAAUCUUUAUCAAUUAAAUUCAAAUGAAAAACGAUAUCGACAACAACUUAGUACCUAUGCAUCGUACGAUUGCUUGUCUAUGCAGCGAAUAAUAAUACAGAUGAAACACAAAAACUUUAUAUUUAAUUCCAACUCGAUCAAACACGUUCAACAUGAUCUAUUCCAAUUUUCACCUAUUUCAAGUGAUGAAAAUGAUGAUACAUAUUCUCCUAUACCAUUUAAUCCAUCAUCAAUUAAUCAAUUUAAUUUGGUUGAUGAAUCACGUGCUCUAUCUAUUGAAUUUCUCGACAACAAUGACAAUUCUCAUCCACCACAAGUUAAUUCGAUCGUCAUCUGCCCGACACAACGAUUAAUCACAUUAUCUACACCUACACAACCAUCAAAAUUUAACGAUUUGGACACCAUCUCAUCCAAUGAUGAUGAUACACCUUUUACAAACACAGAAAUUCAACAAUCACCUUCAACUUCUCGUAUAUCAACUUAUUUACUUCCUAUUCAUGAACAACUAUCAGAAGCUGAACGACGGAAAAUACAUAAUCGAUCGUGUACAAUUCGUCAAAGACGACGAUAUUAUCGCCAUGAAAUCAUUCGAAGAAACAUAGAUGGUCGUUUUACCAUCACUCAAAUAAAAAACAUCCUUCGACAACUUUAUAUUCCCUUCAAUGUUGUUAAUAUUUCUCGAUCAAACAUAACACACAAAUAUUCAUUAUAUAUCGGACUUCGCAAUCCAUCAAAACUUCACGUUUAUCAAUAUCAAACUCGUUAUUUAUUCACCACCGAACAUUAUAAUGAACUUCAAUCAACUCGACCUCACUCUCGUUCAUCUUCUCAUUAUAAUCGUCAUCGUCAACCUUAA